UCAACAACGAGCAGUGUCAUGAUGAUGGUGCUGUGGAUUACUUUGCUCUUUCUUCAUCAAGGAUAUUCUCUGGUUCCAAUGAAAAUCGUUCAGCUUGGUGAACCAGCAACGUUAACAUGUGCUUUACCCAGCAACAAAGAGCUCAGCACUCUGGAAGUCCACUGGUACAAGCAGAGUAUCGGGGAUGAGCUCAAACUGAUUUCAACACUGUAUGGAACUAUACCACCUCAGUAUGGUCAAGAAAUAUUUAGAUCAAGAUAUGACGCAUGUAAUACAAAAACAUUUAGCAAUCUGACCAUUUUGAAGACAGUCCAAGAGGAUGAAGGAAUCUAUCACUGUGGGAUCAUUGAAUGGCUUAAUCCUGAAUGGAGUGGGACAUAUUUGUUAGUAAAAGGAAACACUCAGAGGACAUCAAACUAUACUGUCGUUCAGUGGCCAGCUGUAUCAGAUCCAGUCGAUCCAGCAGACACAGCAGCUCUCCAGUGUUCAGUUUUCUCUGACUCUGACAACAACACAUAUGCACGGGAUCGUGAUGUGUUCUGGUUCAGAGCUGGUUCAGAUAAAUCUCAUCCUGGCAUCAUCUACGCUGGCAGAAAGAAACCAUCUGACCUUCAGAAUAAAUGUGUUUAUCGCUUCUCUAAGAACGUCAGCUCCUCUGAUGAAGGGACUUACUAUUGUGCUGUGGCCACAUGUGGGGAGAUAUUAUUUGGAAAUGGAACCGAUCUGAAAGCUGUGCACAAAACACAGUCGGCAUUUAUUCACCUGGCCUUAAUAACAGUGUGUUUGGUCAUUUCUGUCACUGGAAAUGUUUUCCUCAUCUGCAACCAAAGAAUACAAAAUAAAGAAAAUGCUAUAUCGGAAGACCAAAUUGACACCUCACACCAACCAGUUGAAACUGAUGGCCAUGUAAGCUAUGUUGCACUGAACUUCAGUGAAAGAAAAUCGAGAAGCACAAGGAAGAGAGACUUUGCUGAGGACAGCGUCUACUCUCAAGUUAAAUCCUGA